AUGAAUGAAGAAAGUGGUUUUGAUGAGGAUGGUAGCAAAAGAAGAGCUUUGGCAGAUGCACUGGCAACAUAUAAUGAAACUGCAAAGCGAAAGACAGAAUUGAUAGAGAGAUCAAUGGCAACAUCUGCAUCACAUUACUUAUUGGAUGAGAGUGUUGAAGCUCUUAAUCAAAUUGAUGGAAUUAGUGGAGAACUAUACGCAAAAGCUAUUGAGAAGUUUGAGAACGAGGAUAAAAUGUCUUUAAACGUUGCUCGGUUCAAUAAGGAUAAUUUACUGGACGAUUCAGAUGAUGAGUUUGGAGAGAUUUUGCUAUAUUUUGCUUGCGAGGAAUAUAAUCAAUUAUAUCUAUCUAAGCAACCUUGUAGAAAUUCAGCUCUUUCAGGCCAUGAAUACGUUAUGGAAGUGUUGCACGGGCAUUGGAGUAGGUGUUAUGAUUUGUUCAGAAUGAACAAAGAUGUCUUCAAACUAUUUUGUGGUAUUCUAAAAGAAAUUUUUUUAUUGAAGAACUCACGAUGUUUGUUUGUUGAAGAACAAGUGGCUAUGUUCUUAUUUGUGAUUGGCCAUAAUGAACGACAUCGUGUGGUUGCUGAACGAUUUCAGCACUCCAUCUCAACCACAUCUCAUUAUUUUAAGAAGGUUUUGAAGGGAAUAUGUCGUCUAUCCAAAGAACUAAUUACUCCACCUUCAUUUGAUGCAACUCCUCUACAAAUUCGAUUCGAUCCAAGAUACUAUCCAUUUUUUAAGAAUUGUGUUGGAGCUAUAGAUGAGACUCAUAUUUCUGCGCAUGCUCCAAUUGAUGAACAAAUACCAUAUCGAGAAUGUGCCACAAACCCAGAUUAUGGAUUUCCAAUGCCGCCACAAGGAAAAUAUUAUCUUGUUGAUUCUGGCUAUAUAAACAUGCCUGGUUUUCUUUCGCCAUACCGAGGGGAAAUGUAUCAUUUUGGCCGGUACACAGAUCUUAAUCCCAUAGGAAAAAAAGAGCUUUUCAAUUAUCGACACUCUUCCUUGAGAAAUGUCAUUGAGCGGUGUUUCGACGUGUUGAAGGCCCGUUUUCCAAUCCUAAAGCAAAUGCCUUCAUAUGAUCUAAGAAUACAAAAGUACAUUGUCAUUGCUUGCUGUGGGAUUCAUAAUUUUAUAAGGACAAAUAAAGAAGCAGAUGUAUAUUUUGAUGGAGGUGAAUGGAAUUCUGAAGUACAGGCUACUACUUUACAAAGCACAGAUGGAACUUUGACUGAUAAUGUAGAGUUCAAUAUUUCUAGAACUCAUAUACGUGAAAUGGCUCAUGUUCGUGAUGAAAUUGCUGACCAUAUAUGGAGAGCUAGUCGAUGA